AAUAAAAUGAUAUAUUUUGCAAUGAGGAGCUGCAACAGAAAUGUCCCGGAUUAGAUCGUAAACAACCUUGGAUCCGCAGAGAACAUCGUUUUAGUUGACAGAUUAUAAAAAUCACUACCCACGGUGACACUCACGAUGAUAGCAUCAUGUGCAUUUACAACAUCGCGGGUCAGAAUAGAAGGGAUUGAGUUGUAUGACCGUUGAUGGCCGUUCCGGUGAUUGUCACCCACGAAUCUGCUAUCUACCGCGGGACAUUAUAUUGCAUGUGGUGUUGAAGAGGUGAGCUGCUCAAGGGUUUCCGAGGAUCAGGGAGAGCCCCAAACAACCCCAACAAGAAGACCAGAAUACAAAGAGAUGAAAUAAUAGACCUUAUCCACUCACUGAUGAUACAACCUUCUACUCAUACUUUCCCAACUGCAACAACAACAACAAACUGCCAGAAUCCAAUACGAGUAAGUGGCAACCCUAAAGCAGCCAGCCACGUCCCUCCUGUGGGCCCCGACCCACCGUUUGGGAACCACUGAGUUGGAGGAGAACAACAGCGUGAAGGAGAGGAUGGGUAACAAGAGCACCAGCCCCUCCAGAGACCCAGACACUGAGACGACUCCGAGAGAGGAGAGAAACAACACUGGAACUGCCUCAGGAAGUGGUCCCCCAGGCCCCAGCCCUGACCUGCUAGCCUCACUACAGUCAUUGGGAGAACACAAUGACCACACACUGCUGCCACAGUCUCUACACCAGAUAGCAGAGGCCUACUCCCUGGAUGAGGACUACCAGUGGGCGGUGCAGUUCCUGCAGCUGGAGAAACUGUACCAUGAGCGCCUCCUGUCCAACCUUGCCGCCCUGCAGGAGGACUGGGAGAGCCAGUGGAGAGAGCGUAACAGAGUAGCAGAGAGCACCUCCCCAGCUGAGACCAACAGCACUGGACAGGAACACAUAGAAAUACUGAGCCAGAUCUGCAGGACGCACCAGAGACCAAUGCUUAGUGCGGAAAUGAGCAUGGCAGACACGGUGCUGAAAGACAGCCACAACACCAGGGGGCAGUGUGAUGGGAGAGAGAAAGAAAGGUCACCAUCCCAUCAUGGAAAAGUCAGAGUCAACAACCCUGUAAGACAGAGUGAGGAGGAUGUUAAGAAGACCACGUCAACAGUAGCUGUCCCUGCCAUGGCUGAGGAGGAGGAGGGAGGAGAGGAGGAGGGAGAACAAGGAAAGGAAGAGUUGGAGGAGGAAGGGCAGGGGAUGGAUGAAGAGGAGGUGUUUGAGGAGAGUCCAGAAGAGGAGGUGCAGGUGGUGGAGUGGCCAGCGGGGGUUCCCCAAGCAUCAGCCAAAGACCUGGACAAACUGUCUCAAGUGGAGGAGAGCUCCUCAGCAGACGGCCUGGUGUCCAUUCUAAAGAGGAGGAGGGCAUCGUUAGAUGGCCUGCCCCCUGAGGGUCCCGAUGCAGCCAAACACAACUCCAAACGCAAGGUGCACUUCAGCCAGCCAGAGGAUGGCAUGGAACCAGACGAGGUGGGCGGAGACUCGUGUUUAAUCCUGCUGUUGUUGUGCCUGGUAACCGUGGUGAUCAGUCUGGGCGGGACGGCUCUGUACUGCACCCUAGAGAACACAUACAGUAGCAUCUGCAUUGAUUUCUCUCACAACAUAGACUUUUACAUUGUGCACGUACAACACUUCCUGGAUAGGCUCAGACACUGGAUGCCCAUACGAUCAUAGUCAGGACUUAGUCUACUGCUGCAGUCAGGACAUACAGUCAGAACAUACAGUCACUUACUGCUUCAGUCAGUACAUACAGUCAC